AUGAGGAGGGUUAGGGCUGUGGUGGUUCUGCCAUCUUUGUGGUGCUAUGAGGGUGCCUGCCACAGGUCAUUUGCUCAGUCUCUGCUGAGGUUCCUAGGCUUCAUCUUCUGUGGUACUGCUUUAGCUCAGGCAUUUGGUGGCAUUUUGGUCAUCCUGAUGUUCAAGAACUAUGGAUAUUUAUUUCAGGAGUCUUACUUGUCUCUUCCUGGUUGGCUGGCUCUUGCAACUGCACUUAUAUUGCUACCUACUGGAGUUUUGGCUAUCUCUACUUCUGUUAAGUGUUCCCGCAAUCAGCAAGGGACUCUAAUGUACUUGCUGCUGCUCCUUCUUUGCCUAGAAGUGUCUUCAGCAGCUCUGGCAUGUUCCUACUGUGUUAAGACAUCUUCUCAGCUGGAAGGUGCUAUGGGUUACCUUGUCCACCAGCACAACUGGACGUGCUCCCAGGAUCCUGGAAACGAAGCUGUGGAUAUGAUACAGAGGAAGUUGCAGUGUUGUGGGGUCUACAACUACACAGACUGGCUAAAGACAUCAUCUUCUUCUUGGUAUUAUCCACAUUGUGUUCCUGAAAGCUGCUGUAAGGAGAAGCAUUCUCACUGCAGAGGGGACUUAGACCAUGUGGAGCAGCUUUUUGAGGAAGGCUGUCUAAAGAAGCUGGAAGACCAGUUGUGUUUUGCUAUGCUGUACAUUUUUUGGUGUUGUACUAUGCUAAGCAUCUUGGAGCUCUUGGCUGGUAUCAGCAAUGGCAUUCUCAUGAGACAUCAGCCAUUCUAUGAAUUCAAUAUUCUGGACUCAUAUGCCUUCUUACAGGACUAUAGGUACUAG